AUGGAUGGUACUAUCCUUAAUACAGAAGAUAUAUAUACUCAAUGUACAACUGAGAUAUUGAAUGAUUUUGGUAAAGGACCAUUGACAUGGGACGUUAAGAUUAAGUUACAAGGAAGACCCGGUCCAGAAGCAGUUAAAAUUAUCCUCAAAGAGUAUGAUUUAUCACUCACGCCUGAAGAAUUUAGUCAACUAGCCGUCGAAAAGCAAAAGAACAGGUGGCAGGAUUCUAAAUUCUUACCGGGUGCUUUAGAAUUGUUACAGUAUUUGUAUGAUAAUUCGGUUCCUAUUGCCCUUGGAACCAGUUCUAAUUCGUACAACUUCAACAAAAAGACAGCGCAUUUGCAGCACGGUUUUAAUUUGUUUGGACCACAUGUUGUUACUGGAGAUGAUGAAAGAAUUCCACCUGGAAGAGGAAAGCCACACCCUGAUAUUUGGUUUGCAUGUUUGAACAGUCUCAAUAAAGAAAGAGAAGAACAAGGUUUGGAAGCCAUAUUGAUUGAGGAAUGUCUUAUUUUUGAAGAUGGUAUACCAGGUGUGAAGUCAGGUAUUGCUGCAAACUCAUACGUAAUUUGGAUACCAGAUGCGCAAGCACUUAAAGUUUUAGAUGGAGAAGAAAAGAUUGUUAUUGGUAAUGGUGGUGAAAUAUUAAAGAGUCUUGUUCAUUUUGAUAAAUCAAAGUAUUCUCUAUAG